AGGCCCCAGCACUCCCUGGCUUCCCACGGGCAGUCAUGUUUCCUGUAUUCUAUCUGGUCGUUCUAUGUCUUUUCAGACCGGUCCUGGCAACUAAUGGGACUCGACCCAACAUUAUCCUGCUGCUGAUGGACGAUAUGGGAUGGGGAGAUCUCGGUGUGUUCGGAGAACCCUCCAAAGAAACCCCUAAUCUGGAUCGGAUGGCGUCAGAGGGCAUCCUUUUCCCGGAUUUCUACACUGCCAAUCCUCUGUGCUCCCCAUCCAGAGCAUCUUUACUUACUGGACGUCUCCCGAUACGGAACGGUUUUUAUACUACAAAUGACCACGCCAGGAAUGCUUACACCCCACAGGAGAUACUGGGUGGGAUUCCCGAUUCUGAAGUGCUGCUACCAGAGCUGCUGAAGAAGGCUGGAUACAUCAAUAAAAUUGUCGGCAAAUGGCAUUUGGGGCACAGAGGAAAAUAUCACCCGCUGAGCCAUGGUUUUGAUGAAUGGUUCGGUUCUCCAAACUGUCAUUUUGGACCUUAUAAUAACUUAGAACGGCCAAAUAUACCGGUGUACAAGGACUGGGAGAUGAUUGGAAGAUACUAUGAAGACAUACAUAUCAAUCAGAAGACGGGGGAGUCGAACUUAACUCAGCUAUACUUACAGGAAGCCUUGAGCUUUAUCAGCAAGUACGGGAUUUCCAAGCAACCAUUCUUUAUGUACUGGGCCAUUGAUGCCACUCACGCUCCCGUCUAUGCCUCCGGUCCCUUCCUUGGAACAAGUCGCCGCGGACUCUAUGGAGAUGCCGUUCGUGAAAUUGACUUCAGCAUAGGGAAGAUCUUAGAGCUUUUAAAGAACAUGGGGAUCGCGAAUGACACUUUCGUAUUCUUCACGUCUGAUAAUGGCGCUGCGCUCAUCUCUGCUCCAAACCAAGGCGGCAGUAACUCGCCUUUCCUUUGUGGGAAGCAGACAACAUUCGAGGGCGGCAUGAGGGUACCCGGCAUUGCUUGGUGGCCGGGGCACUUGGCUGCUGGUCAGGUGAGCUUCCAGCUGGCCAGCAUCAUGGAUCUGUUCACAACCAGCCUGGCCCUGGCAGGACUGGACCCUCCUGUGGACAGACAAAUAGACGGCAUCGAUCUGUCGCCUGUCAUUCUGUCAGGCAAAGAAAUUGAGAGGCCAAUAUUCUAUUAUCGAGGCAAUGAGCUCAUGGCCGUCCGGAUGGGGCCAUACAAGGCUCAUUACUGGACCUGGAGUAACUCAUGGGAGGAACUGUCCCAGGGUAUUAAUUUCUGUCCGGGACAGAAUAUUACUGGUGUGACGACACAUGACCAAGUGGGGUAUGUCAAGCCUCUCUUGUUCCACUUAGGAAGAGACCCUGGAGAAAAGUACCCCAUAAGGACCUCAAGUGCAGAGUACCAGACGGCGAUGUUAGGAAUUACCCCUGUGGUCCGCCAGCACAAGGACUCCAUGAUUCCUGGGGAGCCUCAGCUCAAUGUGUGCGACUUGGCUAUUAUGAACUGGUCACCUCCUGGAUGUGAGAAGCUCGGGAAGUGCCUGACUCCUCCAGAGUCAAAACCUUGGAAAUGUGUCUGGCCGCACUGACGGGCUGCAAGAUGUGCUUUAUUCUCCAGCCUUUCAGAAAAACACGGAUCUUCCUUUGCGAAUCAAGGACCAGAGCAGCGCUCCCCUGACACUUACUGCAUUAUUACCGCUUUGCCUUGGCGCUCUAUGAAAUGCUGUAUUCCUGCAAUGAACUGUAAGGACAGCGCUGUUGGAACAAUACUAAGUAUAAAUGAAGGGGCUAGCCUCAACCAGACUCCUCCACAUUAAAAGGAGAUCAACAUGGUGGUCAGCGGAUUGCUGCCGCUCUGUCAUUUGAAAGCCCCCAGCGAUCACCAGGGGAUGACGCCACGUAUCCCCCACUGGGCAAAAGUAGUAUUACACUGCAUGGCAGAUCAUGUCAUACACAACAGGGCAGGUGGAUAGGGGUUGCCAUGUCAAGACACCCCUUCUAAGGCUACUUUCACACUAGCGGCACGGACCUCCGGCAGGCUG